GCUGUGUCCCAACGGAUGCUGGCUGGUUGAUCAGAGGACAUAGCCAGCAGAGAGGGGGCAAGAGCUAGGCCACCAUGUCUUUGUUGGCUCAGACAACUCGUCUGGGGCUGAGACGCCUGAACUUUGCAAACCUCAGAUGCUGUGAACAGCUUAGCAGCCAACGCUUCUUCAGUGCGGCACCUUCUGCUCCGGAAGCAGCAGAUGAUGAAGACGACAUCGUCUUGCAGUCCUUUAAGCAGCAGCAGAAGUCAUAUCGAGCGCUCCUGGAUGGACUGAAGAGAAUCCCUGUGCCCCUCAAUGGAGACGAAGCUGCAGUCAGCAAAUACGCCAAUGAGGUGGAAGCCCUGAAGCGGAAGGUUGGCAUGCCACCAGUGGAUGAGGUGGUUGGGGCGACGCUGAACUACAAGCUGCGAGUGGCGCGCGGCAACGUGCGCAAGUUUCUGACAUCUGCGACGGAGGGCGUGGAGCUGGGCAAGUACUCAGAGGUGGUCGAGGAGAUCCUGAAGGCAGUGGAUGAAAUUGAGUCCCAGACUGGCGCAACGCUGGAUACAUCGAAUGAGAAGGGCUGGAAGACACUGCAGAAGCGCGUGGAGGCCAUCCAGAAAGAGCAUGGGCUGGAUGACUACGCCAAGGUGAAGAAGGAUUCGAUACUCGAAAUGUACAAGAACCAGUUGGACAAAAUCAAGGAGCAGGCCCAGGAGACCAUGGAUGCCGCAAAGCGCCGGGAAGGGCUGGAGUUCAUUGAAGUGGAUGUUGCGAAGCUGCAGCCAAAGCUGUGAGUGGGCGGUUUACGCGCGUGCCUCGUUGGUGCAUGCCAUGCUGCGUCUGAAGCCUGUGUGCCCAGCCGAGGAACACAGCAAAGCAUGCAGGAGUGACAUCUUCUGGCUGUGCUGAUGCCUGCAUGCAUUUUUGCCAGUGUCACCCAUUCUGGUUCAGCAUUGAGUAGGCUGGCUUUAUUCAGGGACCAACUCGUAUGAUCAAGCGCUUGAUCAUGCGAUCUGAGCCAAGUCAAGAGAUGGGGCAAAGGAGCAGACGUGCUGCAUUGCACGGGAUACGUCCAGUGUCAGCAGUAUUGGUUGCUGUGUGAUAGAAUAUUAGGGGGAAUAUGUGUGCGAGGAUCCAGCUCUUUAGUCAUGUGUGUCCUAAUGUAUUAGCAAAGCAAGUAGGCAACUAGCGAUGUGCCAUGUUGCUUGCUGACCUGGGAUGUAAAAUUAUUCAUGAUGCUC